AUGAGGUGUGGGAGCAGCCCAGCUGUCUUAAGUGCCACAAACCUCACCCUGAUGUUGCUAUUUCCAGCCCCUAAAUCAAGACUGCCCUCGCUGCUUGUAGACAAGGAAGAGGAGAUGGGCUGGGGCCACCAGGAAGGGUUGGUUUGGUUUGGACAGUUUAAUCCAUUCGAACACCGUGGGUCUCCUCAAGCAGAGCAUGCUGAUCAAAAAAAAAAGGAGGCUUCAGUCUUCAUUGGGUGGCGGACUGAGGAGGCGGUAGGCGGUCGCCUGGACAUGGCAGAAGGCGGUGGCUGGCGGCCGCCGCGCCCCUGCGAGGCCUACCGCGCCGAGUGGAAGCUGUGCCGCAGCGCCGGGCACUUCCUGCACCACUACUACGUCCACGGGGAGCGGCCGGCCUGCGAGCAGUGGCGGCGCGACCUCGACAGCUGCCGCGACUGGGAGGGGCGCCGGAGCGUUCUUGGCACCUUCAGCUGCAGUGUCCCCAUCACACCCUCAGCUCUGUAUUUGAAUCAGCCUUUCAUUCGCACCCCAUGCCCUCCCGAUCCCACAGGGCCCUGGCUUUCUGUGCUGCUUUUGUGCUGUCCCCGAUCUAGAAUCCCAACAGAUAUGUGGAGUGCUUUUAGAAAGCCACAGUCCACAGUGGGCAGGGUUCACACUGGCCAAGUCAUCAUGUCCAUCCACACCAAGCUCCAGAACAAGGAGCAUGUGAUUGAGGCCUUAUGCAGGGCUAAUAAGUUCAAGUUCCCUGGUUGCCAGAUCCAUCUCUCAAAGAAGUGGGGCUUUACCAAGUUUCAUGUGGAUGAAUCUGAAGACAUGGUCAUUGAAAAGAGGCUGAUCCCAGAUAGUUGUGGGAUUAACUGCAUCCCCAACCGUGUCCCCCUGGACAAGAGGCAGGCCUUGCUCUCCUGA